CUAGCAACGAAGUGGGGCGCCGUACUUCAAUUGAAGUUUUUUGGCAAAAAAAAGUUGGGACCAGUUCGAGGUGAACACUCUACAUCUACCUUCUACCUUACAAAGGACAACAACACAGUUCGACAAAUCAGACACAAUGGCCGGUCCGAAUUCGAAAAAACGAAACCAUCAAGAUUUUGUCUCUAAAUCGAAGACACAAAGACCUAAGAAGAAACAGAAGAAGGUCCCCGAGUACCAUAGCGACUCGGACGAGGAACUUUCGAAUCCCGAGUUCCGACCUGUCAAUCUCCUCGACUCCGAUGAAGAAGAUCUCGACAAUGUCGCUGUAGACGAUAUACCAUCUGGGUCAGAUUCCGAUUCGGGUUCCGACUCAGACUCAGAGGCUGAUGCGCCUACACCUAAAUUCCUUGCGAAGCAGCAAAAGAAACCAGUGAAGAAAAACUCCAAGCAAGAGGCCGCCGAAAAGAGUUCAGAUGAUGAAUUAGAAGAGGGCGGCAGCGAAGAUGAGGACAAUGAGGAGGACGACGAAGAAGGCGUAGAGUCAGACGGCGACCAAUCAACAACAAGCCCAUCCAAAAAAUCCAAAUCAAAACGCAACGACCCCGAUGCCUUCGCAACAUCUAUGUCCAAGAUUCUAUCCACCAAAUUAUCCAAUACACGGCGCGCAGACCCAGUCCUAUCGCGUAGCGCUGAAGCACACCAAGCCGCGAAAGACGCAGUCGACAGCGCACUAGAAGCUAAAGCCCGAAAACAUUUACGGGAACAGAAGCGCUUGGCGCAGGAGAAGGGUCGCGUAAAGAACGUGCUGGUUGGUGAUGUAGAUGAGGCUACGGGCGCGCCAGAGACUUCGACGCAGGAAAUACAGCAGACGGAGAAGCGGUUAAAGAAGGUUGCGCACAGAGGUGUGAUUAUGCUAUUCAGAGCCGUUCGAGAGGCGCAAGAAAGGGCCGCCGAGGCAGAGAAGGAUACGAGGAAAGACGGCGUGGUUGGUGUGCAGAGACGUCAAGAAAAGGUCAACGAAAUGAGUCGGCAAGGCUUCCUCGAGCUUAUCGCCGGUGGCGGUGGAAAGUUGAGGAAGGGCGCAUUGGAAGAAGCUUGAUUUUCUUGGGUUGUUCACGUCGGGUCUAUAUGAAAUGAUACCAAAUAUUCAUGCACACAUGAUCUCAUUAGAGUUGGGGUUUCCGUUUCCUCUAUCUCCAAAAGCCUGCCAUCUUACUGACAAUAUAGUACAUUUUAUGGCGCCGUAGUUACCCAGACUGGCCCGCUUCAUAUCACGCCGCUAUCUUGCACACUUGUUUUGCACCUGUUGAAAUUGUAUUGGUACAAUUCGUGGGAUUCUUCGUAUGUUCUUCAUACCGCCCUUCUCAAACGCUGGCGGCCAAUACUUUUUAUUGCU